UAUCAAAUGUUUGCUAUCUUAUAUGAACAAAGUAAAUGUGCCAGCUAUUUCUAUAAGAUCUACUGAGAUAGGCAGAAUAUCAAAAAUAUUAGAUCUGACCAAAUCCUUUGACAAUACUAAUUUUAAUACACGAGUUUUCGAAUCUCAAAUGUGAAUAGUAUAAGACAUUGAUUUGUCGAAGCUGGUUCAGGAUCAUGAAUAUUGAUUUACAAUUUGGAUAUCGAGAAUUAUGUCUAUUUCAUAUACUUUUUUUCCAGUAUGGUAUUGUGUAUAAAUAUGUGUGAUCAACUUGUUAUAUAUAUAACUUAAACGAUGGUUUAACGUUUAAACAUAGGGGAUCCAAUUGAGAGCUUCUUUCUUUUAUUUUAUUUUAUUAAUUUGUCACGAUUUUGAGUUAAUUAAUAGUGCCAAUAUUUCUAUGAACAAUUUUAGCUACAGGUAAGAAAACAAAAGAUAUUAGAGAUUUGGUGACUAAUAAGCAGAAUGACCGAUUCUUCAAUCAAAGAUAUGGUCUAGUUAUUCAUUUAUGAUAAAAGUAUCAUAAUAAGGAAUUAACGGAUCGAAUCAUGGCUUCUUCUAAGGUGGGUGGUACACUUGUUCAACACCGUGUGAGUAAAGUCAAAUUGCAAUCUCUGGAUCACAAUUUUAUUAGUAUAGUGAUUUAAAGAAAAAUCUUUAAAAGUAGAAUUAAGGUUGUGAAAAUGUUGUGAUAUAUGGUCUCUCGGACUUGCUUGUGGACAUGGUGGACCGAUAUUUUUAUCUAAACUUUGUUACAUAUAAAAACAGGUACAUUUUGGAACCUCGUGGAACUGUAUAUGGCUUUUCGGAUGUUAAAGUCCUCACUGAACCAAAAAGGUAUAUUUAGAUGAAAACAAUAAAGUUGAAUUAAAAGUAUAAGAAUAUAAGAAACUGUGGAUUAGUAUAAGAUUAUAAACACUCGGUAUAUUGGCAUCAGAGAGACCAUUCUCUAUUAAAAUCCUGAUUAAAAUAGUUUUAUAGUUCAAAUUAUGUUGGUUUACGUAUCUAAAAUGGUAAAAUUAACAUGUUGACCCCAUUCCCAUCAACACUACAUUUGUUUCACAAAAAAAAAUCAAUAUGUUUAAUUAUUUAUUUGCAUUGUCAAAUAAUUUAUAGUUAAAUUAAAAAAAUAGGAUAUUAAAAAGUGAGAUUCAGUAUUUUAAAAUUUGUUUGAAAAUCUAUUUAAUUAAUCUAUUAAUAAGGAAAUAAAUUUAGUUAGAAUACUAUACUAUGUAAUUUCAUAAUUAUUCUCUUACUGAGAUCUUAAUAAAAUUACAUAUAAAUAAUGGCAUUUUUAAUAAUAUAACAUAUGUCUAUAGGUUGAUUUCAAAUAAUGGUUUUGCUUUAAUAGUACAGAUAUCUAAGAUUUUUGUCUAACAUAUUUUCUAUUCAUAUAUGUAUUGCCAAUUUCUAUAUAGUUUUCUAAAAUCUAUAAUUCUUGUAAAUAGAAAAAAAUCGGUAAUUCUUUUCAUAUACGAAUUUAGAAAUAUCAAUAAAGAUAUAAAUAUUCUUAUAAACUAAUAAAAAAUCAUUAUACUCAUAACUAAAAUUUGAUAACAUUUUGUUAAUGUUGAUUUUUUUUGUUCUUUUACCAACUGUUGAUUUAUAUGUUUAAAUACUCACCAGAAAUUGUGAAAUACUUCUAGUGAAAAGUACACAGCCGAUUCAAAAUUUGAUGGAAUGUUGCAAUUCAAUCCAAUAAUGUUCGAGAUAUGCUAAUGCUAUUUUAUAGACUUGGUUCAGGUUUAUUUUGUAAGCUAAUUGUUGUUGAGCUUCAAAGUUAUAAUCUCUAAUAUAAAUUUAUUUCUUUUUGUUAAUUAAUACAUUUAAUCUCUCAACAACAACAACAACAAAAACAAAAACUAUUGAAAAAGAAAAAGAAAAAAAGCUGUCAAAAUCUACGGGAUCCAAUAAUAAAAUAAACUAACAUAUUUAAAUGUAUAUAUAGCCAGCCUAUUACCUGGAUCCUUAGCCAAACAAAUCUGUAUACUUCUUCCUCAUAUAUCUAUAUAUUAUAAAGUUGAGAAAGUGACAACCAAAAAAAGAUCAGGACAGAAAAGGACAGAAAGAUAGAGCUAAAAUGGAAGAGACAAAAUCAAGAUUCAGGAGGAUCUGUGUCUUCUGCGGAAGCAGUUCCGGCAACAAGACCACUUAUCACGACGCUGCUCUCCAACUCGCCCACCAACUGGUGAAGAGAAAGAUCGAUUUGGUGUAUGGAGGAGGAAGCGUGGGGCUAAUGGGUCUCAUAUCUCAGGCUGUUCAUGAUGGUGGUCGUCAUGUCCUUGGAAUCAUUCCGAAGUCUUUAGCACCAAGAGAGAUCACCGGUGAAUCAAUUGGAGAGGUUAUAACAGUAUCGACUAUGCACCAAAGGAAGGCUGAAAUGGGUCGUCAAGCGGAUGCCUUCGUCGCACUUCCUGGUGGAUACGGGACAUUUGAAGAGUUGUUGGAAGUCAUCACCUGGUCCCAGCUUGGGAUCCACACUAAACCGGUGGGACUACUGAAUGUGGAUGGAUUUUACGAUUCCCUAUUAACGUUUAUAGAUAAGGCAGUGGACGAAGGCUUUGUCUCCUCCACGGCCCGCCGUAUCAUCGUCUCCGCCCCGACCGCUUCUCAGUUGCUCCAACUUCUCGAGGAGUAUGUUCCAAAGCACGAUGAUUUUGUGUCCAAAAUGGUGUGGGACGAUAUUACGGACGCUCCCACAUCUGAAGGCGAUUCGUGUUAGAUUUGCAUACAUUAGUCCGCUGUUUCUCGAAUCUCAAGUUUUUUUUGUCCAUUGGCCACUAUUCAAAAGAUUGAUUCCUUUAUGUAAUCGUAUGUCAUAUUUGAAUUCUAAUUAUUCAAACUAAAAAUUUAUUAUAUUAAGAAAUUUUGUUGAAUAGAAUAAUAUCUGCCUUUCCUAUUUGUUUGGUUGUAUUUUUUUAAAAAAACUAAUAAAAUCAAAUUAAAACAAUAGUGAAGUGAAACCUUCAAUAUUGCCAUUAGGCAUAGCAAACACCCUGUUUUACAAUUAACGGGGUUAGACUAGUGACGCUUAAGAAAUAAUCCCAAUACAGCGAACCACAGUUCGAUUCCUGGUCACUCGAACUGUCUUAAAUGAUAGAAUACGUAGCUGAUUCGGGUUUCGUGGAAUUAGCCGAAUCUCUACGGUUUUCUUUAAAAAAACACCCUGUUUUACAGUUUUAGGCGAUUUUUAAAAUAAUUAUUUUAUUAUAAAUUCAUUAUAAAAACUGUAAUUCCGCAGGUAAAC